AACACAAUAGAGAUAAACUAUUCAAGGAGAUAAGGAUGUUGAAAACUCAGAAGGAAUUCUUCCUUUCUUUGUUAGUCAUUGUCAUCUCUGUUUUUUAGCAUGUGUCAUAUGCUUGUUUUUUUUUUUUUUGGGGUGUCCUGGAAAUUCAAUGUAAUUUUUAGAGUCAGACCAGUGAUGACCUAUAAAAUGUAGAAUGAUCCCUUUUGUUUGGAACUUCAGGUCAUGUAGAAAUGAUUACUUUAUACUUUGGAUUUUGCACAUAAGCUCCACAGCUCUGCCCCUUCCUUCAGUUUGUUCCCCUAUGACAUCAUAUAACCCGCUUGGAGUCAAUUCUACCUUUCCCCCUACCCCCCCUUCCCCUAUAGAACCUACUAUUAAUGGACAUUCAGGCACAGUCGCAAUAAGUAACGUCAUCAUUCUAAGUGUUGUACUCACCGUGGUUUUGCUGCCAGUGCAGAUAUGUGUCAUAGUUUGUGUGUGCCGGAAAAGAAGACAGAGUGAUGGUGGAUCAGUUAGUCCUGACUCACAAUUUCUUACACUCGCUAUGGAUAAAUUUCUCAAUGACAUGGAAAGGGAGAAGCCGAUCAGGUUUACAGGUCUACAGCUGAUGAGCGCAACUGAUAAAUACGCCAACUUGUUGGGUUCAGGAGGUUUUGGAGCAGUUUACAAGGGUGUUUUUAGCAAUGGGAUCACGGUAGCUGUGAAGGUUUUACGUGGGAGUUCAGAAGACAAGAAUGUUGAGGAGCAGUUCAUGGCAGAAGUGGGUACAAUUGGUCGAGUUCAUCAUUUCAACCUUGUUCGGCUAUAUGGAUUUUGCUUUGAAAGAAACUUGAUAGCACUGGUUUAUGAGUACAUGGAAAAUGGCUCUCUUGACAGGUUUCUGUUUCAGGAAAAUACGAUCUUAGGAUAUGAAAAGCUUCAUGAGAUUGCAGUUGGGACAGCAAGAGGAAUUGCUUACUUGCAUGAAGAGUGCCAGCAAAGGAUAAUCCACUAUGACAUAAAGCCAGCAAACAUUCUCUUGGACAAGAACUUCAAUCCUAAAAUUGCUGAUUUUGGUUUGGCCAAGCUUUGCAACAAGGAAAAUACUCACAUAACCAUGACUGGUGGGAGGGGUACUCCUGGUUAUGCUGCACCUGAGCUUUGGGUGCCAUUUUCUGUAACUCACAAGUGUGAUGUUUAUAGUUUUGGCAUGUUGUUAUUUGAAAUCAUAGGUACGAGAAGAAACAUUGAUGUGAACCUUUGUGAAAGGCAGGAGUGGUUUCCAAUGUGGGCUUGGAAAAAAUUUGAUGCUGGACAAGUGGGGGAGUUAAUGAUUGUGUGUGGGAUAGAGGAGAAAAAUAAGGAGAUAGCAGAAAGAAUGGUUAAGGUAGCUCUGUUGUGUGUUCAAUAUAGGCCAGAAGCAAGGCCUAUAAUGAGCGUUGUGGUCAAAAUGUUGGAAGGUUCAGAUGAAAUUCCAAAUCCUUUGAACCCAUUUCUGCCCUUUAUGGAUGGAACUUUGGCUGCUCAUUCAGUCCAAGUGUCACAGACUUAUACAACAACUAUGUCUUCAGAGUCUUUGGUAAGUGACACCAGCAUCCUCUGUGCUACUCCUGUUAUGAAGAAGUAUGAGGUUUAAUUAGCCUCUAGCAGGUGAUGGAAGGUUUCAAUUUGUGUUCAACAAGUUGUAAAAUAUUAUCCCUUUGUACUAGUUUGAUUUUAUAUGCCUGUGAAUGUUGGAAUAUACCACCCAUUUGCUGCUGUUUUGGCUCUAACCACAUUAUGCAGACUAUAAACCUGAAGUUGAUAUCUCUUGGUUCUUAUAAAUUAUAAAAAGCAAGAGUUGUUUUUUUCGUUGAUAUGUUAAUGUUAAUUGUCAGUAAUGUUAGUAAAUUAGUCUCUCCUCAGGGUUCGAACCCUGGACCCUUCACCCUUCAUCCCACCCAACCUUUAUGUCCUCUAGCUCUGACCACUUGAUCUAACCCUCGGGGACAAAAGCAAGUUGGUAACUCACAGGCAUAUUGGGGAUGAGGGACCUUAGUUUUAUACUGUUAGUAUAUAACAAAUUCAAAAUGUGCAGAAUAUCAGGUUGAAGUGAAAAAUCAAGCACAAGUGUUGUAAGUAACAAAUUCAACUACUCCAAAAAUGGGUCCUAAAAAAUAGAGAUAUUCACUACUUUAAACAGCUACCAUGGUCAACAAAAAGCACCUCUUCUACAUGCAACAAAAUAUCAAAAUAUUCUACUAUGAUCUUUUAACAUUAAUAUAGAAAAUUCAGUGAUCUAGUUCAGCUGUACCAACACAUAAAAUGCAAUUGACAAUAGUUACUACCAAAACAAUAGAAGCACAUUCGAAUCCAAUGAAACAAAACAUGAGCAAAAACACACUCCAAAAACACACACAUAUGUGAGAUUCGGAAAUAGUAAGGUUAC